CACACCGAGGGAGAGGAGGGAAGAACCGAGAACAAGUUAAGAGUUUCUUUACCCACGGACCUCAUAUACAAGUCUGGAUACUUUGGAGACUUUUGCAACUCUUAAAAACUAAGAAAUUAAGAAGCGGAAAAAAAAGCGAACUCAAAAAGUUGCGUGUUUUUCCGCAGAGUUCGCCUGGAAAUCAGCUGAUAAGAACUAAGAAAAGAGGACAAGAGAGGGGGGAAACACAAGUUGUUUCGCUUUAAGACUUUCUGUGGUUGCUUUGGUUUCUCUUCCAUGUAUACCAAGAUGGAAACUACUUUCUACGACGACUCCCUGAACGCGUUCUCCCAGCAAGACAGCGCCGGCUUCGGCUACACUACCGCGAAGGCGUUGAAGCGCAACAUGACGCUCAACCUGGGCGAACCGAGCGGCGCGCUGAAGCCGCACCUGCGCGUCAAAGCCGGCGAACUCCUCACCUCUCCGGACGUAGGGCUGCUGAAGCUGGCCUCUCCGGAGCUGGAGCGGCUCAUCAUCCAGUCCAGCAACGGGCUGAUCACCACCACGCCGACUCCCACCCAGUUUAUGUGUCCCAAGAAUGUGACAGACGAACAGGAGGGGUUCGCCGAGGGGUUCGUCCGGGCGCUUGCGGAGCUGCACCACCAGCACAUGCCCGGCACUGCUGCUCCUCCACCCGGCGUGCAUGUGUCUGGUGCAUCCUCCUUCAGCACCACCACAACCAUGCGCUCAGAUUCACCUGUCUACGAGGAUCUGAGCACCUUCACCCCGGCCAUCAGCACUGUGUCCGCCCCGGGGUACACCACCUCCUCCCCGGCCAUGUCGUUCCCAAACGCCGCUCCUCCGCAGCUCCCCAUUUACGCACAGCCACGGCGGCUCUCUGCGCUCAAGGAGGAGCCCCAGACUGUGCCAGAGAUGCCCGGGGACACCCCUCCUAUGUCCCCCAUCGAUAUGGAGAACCAGGAGCGCAUCAAGGCGGAGAGAAAGCGCAUGAGGAACCGCAUCGCCGCGUCCAAGUGCCGAAAGAGGAAGCUGGAGCGCAUCUCCAGGCUGGAGGACAAGGUGAAGAACCUGAAGAACCAGAACUCUGAGCUGUCGUCCACAGCCAACAUGUUGAGGGAGCAGGUGGCCCAGCUGAAGCAGAAGGUGAUGAACCACGUCAACAGUGGGUGUCAGCUCAUGUUGACUCAGCAGCUCCAGACCUUCUGAGGAGCAGACAGCCCCGGAGAGAGAAUUAAGACUGUGGUUGAACGACACGGAGUGGCUGUAUCUCCUGGAGACCUUGACUGGGAUUUGGGAUGAUGUGGAUCCACACUCUCAGGAGCUGGGGAGAGGACUGGGAGAGGACUGGGAGAGGACUGGGUGCCAUGCCUCCCCGGUGGCGCGUCCCAAAGAGGGGCUCAGGACAGUGACAGCAGCCAUGAACCAGUUUUUCUUUACACAGAACUGGACAGGACUGAAGUUUUCUUUAUUUUUUUUAUUUUACAUCCAGCUCUGCAUGGACUUUAUCAUGACCAUCUAAGGAGAAAUUCAGUAUUAGUGGAUUUUAAGAACUUGCAAUAGAGACUUUUCUUGUUGUAAAAGCCAUAAAGGCCUAAAGUCUUGGGCGUGUUGGCCAACUCUAAAACAGCUGAAAAGUUGUAACUAAAGCUGCCUGACUUCUGAGUUACAGUACAAUGUACUUUUUUGUUUCUUAAUUGUAAGAAAUUCAAUUAGAAAAGCUUCUUGUUUUUUUCUAAAGUUGUUUUAAUGGGGUUUCACUCAUUGUUAUAUGUAUAUAAGAUCAACUCGGAGUACUUAUGUUUACCAUUUGUAAUAAGAAUACUGUGCUUUUUUUUUUUUUUUUUUUUU